AUGGCGAAGACUCGCUUGGAUUACGGAUGGCUCGCACUGUGGUUGCUCUUCACAUAUUCUCCUGGAGUUUCGGCUCAAGACGGUGACGGCGGCGCCGCGUCGGGCGUCGAGCCUGGUGAUGUCGGUGGUGGAUCCCCAGGGACAGGGACCGGGAAUGCUGGUGCACAAGGCUCAGAUACGGGGUCGGUGAAGCUGAGUACCGGCGCUACGGUGGCGAUUGCGUUGGUGGUUAGCCUUGUUGUGAUUCUUGGUGGAACGACUGCGGUACUGUUCUUCCUGGCGAAGAAGAGGCAGUGGAAAAUUAAGGAGGGCCUGCGAAAGUCAGCGAGCAAAGUCAAGAACGCGGUCAAGGCCGUGACGACACCCAUAACGCCGAAACGAAUGACGUUCAGUCCGAUCGAGAAGAAGAAGAUGCCAACGGCGCGUAUGGAGAGGACGACGCCAUGUACGAGGAAAGGCCUGGGUAUCAGAGCGGUAGACCAGGAUAGGGAGAGGGAUUUAGAAAAGGGCACGUCGGUUGCAAAGGUUGCUCCAGUGCCCUUGGGUAGGGGUGAUAGUAGCGACACCGGCGAGAGCGCUACGGUGAAGAGUGGCGAGAGGAAACGAGGAGAUGUCGGCACAGACAGUGAUAGGAAGAAUGGAAAGACGGAGGAUAAUGUGCGCACUGGUGGAAAAGAGAGGUCGAGGUCGAGGCCGAGGCCGCCAAUGGUGAAUAUCCCGCCGAGUGCAUUUGAGAUUGAGAGUCCCAAGACGCCCAUGUGGAAGAAGGUGUUUGGACGGUAG